AUGGACCGCUCUGAUGAGUACACGGCUGAGUCGCCGGCAGACGUCGCAGACCUUUGGGAAAGGGCCAUCCGCGAGUAUGUCAAGGACACGGAGAGAGACAUCACCCGGGUCCGCCACAUGUCGACCAAGGAAAUCCUCGAAGAGCAGAAGCACGCCCUGGACAGGUUCAAGAACUUUCGUCACGAUGGCCAGACCACCGACAAACUCCGUUCGUUGGUUAGCAAGAACUCGGAGUUGAUCAUGUCUGCCGCGAAGCAAAUCUCUAGUGCUGCAAGCGCAGCCUUUCCAGCUGCCGGGACCAUUCUGACUGCUUUCACUUGGGUUAUGGAUGCUUCUAACAACGUGUCUAAAGACUACGAUGUCAUCUACACCUUUUUCGACAUCCAGCACUCCUUCCUCGAGCGCAUUUCCAUCAUCGAGAAAAAGGUCCCCAAUAUCGAAAUCUAUCAGACGAUAAUGAUGCGGGUAUUCACUUCUAUCCUCGACCUCUGCAGGAUUGCAACCAAAUACCAGAAAGAGGGGCGGUUCAUCAAAUGGUCGAAAGCGCUCAUUAAAGGCUCUGAUGAUAAGCUUCAAGGCGCCCUGGGCGGCCUCAAGACAAACAUUCAGAGACUGGAGUCAGCAACCAUGUUCGCCACGCUCAGACAGACGAUCGAGACACACCAAGCAGUUACCGAAAAUGUUACUAUGACGCGCCAGGUACUCGCAAAUCAGCAGGAGCAAUCUGUCAUCCUCAAGGAGAGCGCCAUGGUGGGGCAGCAGACACUGGAGGUCAGUCAGCAGAAUUCUCGUGAGAUGCAGAAGAUGUCUGGCAUGAUUUUCAGACUCGCCUCCAUGUCUGAAAACAGCCAAGAGCAAGGAAAGGGCGAAAAAGGCCGAAAACUAAAAGACGCCGGUGCGAGGCGCUCGGCAGCUCUGGUCCAGGGUUCGUUCAAGUGGCUCAGAGAAAACGAGGAGUACAACACGUUUGCUGUUGGUGAGAACGAGCCUUUUCUCUGGGUCACAAGUGACCGUGGACUGGGAAAGUCAAGUUUGGCGUACUUUGCCAUCAACGAACUCAAGGAACGCCGUCACAUCUGCCAGACGAAUGUUGCGUACUUUUUCUUCAAGGAAGAGCAUAAGGAAAUGCGGUCAACAGUCGACCUCUUGAAAACAGUUGCGGCUCAGCUGGCAGAGGCCGACCACAAAUACCGAGAUGAAGUCGCAAAAGAGCUGAAGAAGAAUGCCGAAAAGCUCAAAGAAGGCGAUGGCUCCCUUCUGUGGGAGAAGCUCUUUGCCUCGAGAUUUCCGCACGAGUCUUCGACGCGACUGUUCCUUGUCAUCGACGGUCUUGAUGAAGCCAACGCAGCAGACCGCGAGAAGUUUUUGAACCUCCUCGCACAAGUGAAAAAGGAUAAUCUGCAGAUUCGGGCUCUGAUCACGAGCCGGCCUGGAACGGAGGGUGUGGAGGUCUUGCAGCCGGCAACUCUUCCCAUCACCAUUGAACAUUUGAGAAAGGAUCUUCGGCAGAUUAUCAAGGCGAGGAUAAAGUCUCAAUCACGGCUCAGAAGGCUUCGACUUCCCGUGAAGAAGCGGAUCGUCAUCAAGCUUUUACAGAAAGCGGAUAGCGUACUAUAUGCUGAGCACGUUUUGCGGAGACUCAACUCGCUCCGUCGGGAAGCGGCAAUCUUGAAAGAGCUCGAUAAGCUGCCAGACAGUUUAUCUGACCUGUACAACGUGCUACUCGCCGAAUGCCAAAAGGGCCGAAGUGCUGAAGAUCUCGCCUCUUUGAAACGACUGUUCGCCUGGCUUGCUUACUCGAAGCGCCCGCUCACGUAUGGAGAAGCUUCAAACCUUGUCUCCUUCGUCAAUGACGAUACGAAAUUGAGCUUGGAGGAGGAGAUUGAAGGAAAAUCCGCCAGGCUCCUCCGGCUUGCUCAGAUCACAUCCGAGGAUGAGGAAUCUUCCGACGACAGCGAUGGGGAGGGCUCCGAAACAGCCGACGAGGCCAUUGAAAACCAUGACGAUACCGACCCCAAUACCUGGGUUCCUCUACGUUUUCAGGAACGGUCCCUGCGCCAGUACUUCCGUGAAGCCAUUGUCGAUGAGAAGGGCCUGCGCAGUUCCCCCUCAUCUGCUCACCUCAUCAUUUUCAGAACCAUCGCCACGAUUCUCACGACGGACGUUGAGGAAGAUGCCACGAUUAGGAUGUUGAAGAAUUACGCCGCCGAUUUCUGGAUACCCCACUUCCUGGAUAUUCAAGUGGAGAAAGCGAGCGAUGAAGAUGCAAAAGCCGUCAUUGAGAGUCUUUCCGACAUUGUGACAAACAAGGGUAGGGCUCUUGAGAAGGUCGAAGAAAACGCAAGUGCUAUUGGCAUCUUUGGCGAGUCAACGGACCUACGUGAAAACAUGUUCACUUCAGUCAAGCAGUGGGUUGACAGGGCGUCAAAGCUUCCUUCUGGCUUUCUGAAUCCAGACAGCUCGGAGUUGAUCUCCACACUGUCUGAAGACCCCGCCAAGCUCAUGGAGGGCAUAGCACGAAAGCACGUCUUCAAUUGGUUCAAUUAUGCCACUUACCGAUGGGAGGCCUGGAAGUCUUUCAACUUUGCACUUGAAGCUCUGAAGCUGACAAACAUCUUGAAGGAUGAGCUGAAGGAUGUCGAUCUGGAAAAGUCCAGCUACGCACACAGAGGAAUCGGUCUUGUCAUGAAGGCCUACGACCACUGGGAAUCUGCUCUCGAGCAAUGCAAGAAUGUGUCCGACGCGGCCAUGCAACUAGCUUACACAGAAGAGAAUGAAGGGAAAAAAGCCGAAUACAUCCGAGAAAUCAAGGAGACGGUCACUACGAUGGCAAAGGAGUUCUCCCAGCUCGUCCCUCAGAACGAAGAGAAAGACACAAAGAUCUACAUGGCACAGAGUUUCUUCUCACUUUCCGAAGCCGCGGUACUCGAAGGUGAUGUGGAGACAGCCAUCAGCAUCUUCAACGACCAAGCAAAGGCCCUUAUUCCCGACGACUUCCUACCCAACGACAUUAUAGCAAAGAUAAUGGUCAAGCUGAUCGAACAACAGCGGGACGACAAGUUACUCGAGUUCUUUGCCAGCUUCAGGGAGAAAGACAAGCUUGUGUGGCUUGUAGAGGAAGGGACCCAUGGUGACUUCCACCAUGCCGUUGUCAAGGCUGGCAAGCGGGAGCUGGUCACGGAGACUUACGAGCGUUUGAUCAAGAUGUCGAUGUUGAACUGGAACACUGAUUUUGGCCUCAGGUACUGGCUUGCGAGCUACUACGUGACGGUUGAAGGAAAUUUGGGAAGGGCCAAGGAGUUGCUGGUCCAGCUUCUGGAAGGUAGCCAGAAGGGUGAGAAUAUCGUGGAAAACAUCAUCCUCGAAAGUAGAGCUCUCUUGGCUGAAGUCUUCACGGAACAAUUCCGCUGCACGGCUGAUGCGGAGGUAAAGGCCAGCAUCCUCGACGAGACGAUGAGGUUGGCCUUUCCGACGGGUUACAUUCGCAUUGAGGACUUCGACCCUGCCAUGUCCAACACUGCGCUCCCAGCUGCGUUGAUGUUGCGGAAGAUGGGCCCUCUACGCGACUUUCAGUCGACACUCAACAAGUCCUUUGAUGCUUGUAUUGCUGGCCUCACUGACAACGAAGGUUCGAAUGACUUCAUCAGCGUUCGCUUCUUCGCCAAAGUCUUGGCCUGCCUUCCGGGCCUUGAGAGGGAUGCUCAGAUCGCGUCUGCCUCGCAGUUCUACUUUCUCAAUCCGGAAUUCAAACCAAAAGAGGAUGACAGCGAAUCCGAAUCAACGGCUGACGAUGAGCAAAAACUACAAACAAAUGGGGAGGCCGCGGAUGGGACUGCCGAUCCCGAUGCUUCCGCCGCUGAUGCCACUUCGGGGCAAGAUCGCUCGGCCGAAGGUGCUGCUCCGAACGACGAGACUACGGGGCAGUCAUCUGCAGAAGACGGAAACGCACCGUACGGAGAUAUAGAUCCCGAAUGGGUUGUUUCCUGCAACGGUUGCAGCAGGAAUAUCUGCAAUCCCGGCGAAGGGCCAAUCUACACUUGCAUAAUCUGCGCAGAUACAGAUCUGUGCGCGGAUUGCUACAAUAAGCGCGUGGGCUGGAACAAGGGCGAGCCCGUCACCGACUGGCAAACUUAUUGCGGGAAGGACCAUCAUUACGUGAAGAGCCCGCCGGAUGACUGGAAAGGCAUAAAAGAUGGGGUGAUUGAGAUUGGAGGGGAGAAGAUAGAGUUUUCGCAGUGGAUCAAGGAUGUGCAGCACAGGUGGAAGGCUGCAUGGGAUGAUUUUUGGGCGAAACAUGAGGGCGUUACGGACAUCAUCUGUUUCUUUGAAACGGGAACCAUGAACAUGGCAGACACAAAGGGAAGCGGAAAGCCGACGAAAGUCACCUCGCCCAUCAAGCUCGCCCAUGUUGUCCUUCGGACGCGGCCUGAGACGUUCGCCAGCAUGGUGAGCUUCUACAAGACUUUUCUGGGCGCCGAGUCGUCGCACGAGAAUGAAUUCAUAUCCUUCCUCACGUACGACGAUGAGCAUCAUCGCAUUGCCAUUGUUGCAAUCCCGGACAUCGGUCCCAAAGACGCCAAGACGUCCGGGUUGGAGCACAUUGCCUUCACCUUCGCCACGGUUCGAGAUCUCCUGACUUCCUACAGCCAGCGGAAGGAGCUGGGAAUCGCGCCGGUAUGGUGUGUCAACCACGGGCCGACGCUCAGCAUCUACUACCGGGACCCGGACGGCAACCACAUAGAGACGCAGGUGGAUGUCUUUGACAAUGCAGAGGAUGCUUCGGCCUACAUGACCAGCGCCGACUUUUCAAAUAAUCCUAUCGGGGUGGAUUUUGAUCCCGAGGAUGUCAUCAAGAAGCUCGAGCAGGGCGUGUCUACUGAGGAAAUCUUGAAGAGGCCAAACAUUGGCCCAAGGGAUCUCACUGACGUGCCUUUGGUUGUGGAGUCCCACUGA